GCGGCCCCGCUGCUGCGAGCAAGCCCUGGGGACGAGCCCUGGUUUCGGGCUGCCGUGGGCGCCCUUCGUCCCGGGGCGAGCCUCGCAGGGAGCUCCCUCGCCUGUUCGCGAACACGUCGUGUGGUAACUGCGGGCGCCGGCGCGCGCGUGGGCGAGGGCCCUGUCCACCCUCGGUCGCUGCCGGUGCACGGCUGCGAGGCCAGCCUACUGGGCAACUAACUGGUCUUUCAGGCAACCCCGCUUUUCUCGUCCUGAAUCGCAGUCGGGAAGCCGCAGCCAUUAAUUUAAUGAUGUAGAUCCGCUAUCUCUGAGCCCAGAAAGAGAAAGAAGAGGCGUGUGAAUUCUACUGAACUCCCAGGCCUGCAGUGUCUGUGAAAAUCGUUUUGGAGAUGCCCUUGAGAUGAAAGGCGUGGGGAAGCAUGGUUUGACACGUACCCACCUCCCACCGCCGGCGUUAUCCAGUUCCUCAUCAUCCCGCUGGUGUUUUCCCAUCUCUUCCCAGUGUUCACAUCCACUCACCAGAUUCUGCCCCAGCUCCCGUCAGUUUUUGCCUUCGGGACCACCGUGCACUUGGGACAUGGUAGUCCCCAGGCCUGAGAUGAACUCUCCCUAUGAUAGAUUCCCAACGUGGCGGUGCUGGGGCAGAGAGGGUUUGCCACUAGGCAGGCGCAGGUGGGCAGCCUGGGCCUCCAGCCAUGUACUUAGGAAAAGCCACCCUGUUGUGACUGUUUUUGAAGAGCCUGCUCAUCUAACUCCUGAUCUGCCGAGCCUGGUACCAGUCACCCACCCUCCAGCAGUGUCAUCAGGCGCAAGGCAGGAAGACAGAGACAGUCAGAGAUCUUCUGUCUGCGGACUCAUUCACCCAGAUGCUCAAAAGAUGGAUCCGGACCACGCUGAAGCCCAGAUUUGAGACUGAGCAGUUGCCAUGGCUGGGCCUGGGCACGCCGCACCUGGAGCACAAGGCGCCCAUUCUCCCUCCGUGCUGUGCUUUGGCCAGUGCCAGUACACAGCGGAGGAGUACCAGGCCAUCCAGAGCGCCCUGAGGCAGAGGCUGGGCCCGGAGUACAUCAGCAGCCGCAUGGCCGGGGGAGGCCAGAAGGUAUGCUACAUCGAGGGCCACAAGGUCAUCAGCCUGGCCAAUGAAAUGUUUGGUUACAACGGCUGGGCCCACUCGGUCACGCAGCAGAACGUGGAUUUUGUGGACCUCAACAACGGCAAGUUCUACGUGGGCGUGUGUGCGUUCGUGAGGGUGCAGCUGAAGGAUGGCUCCUAUCAUGAAGACGUGGGCUACGGAAUUAGUGAGGGCCUCAAGUCCAAGGCCUUGGCACUGGAGAAGGCUAGGAAGGAGGCCGUGACCGAUGGGCUGAAGCGGGCACUCAGGAGCUUUGGGAACGCACUGGGAAACUGUAUCCUAGACAAAGACUACCUGCGCUCGCUCAACAAGCUUCCACGCCAGUUGCCUGUUGACAUGGAUUUGAGUAAAGCAAAGAGAGAAGACUAUGAGCCAUCUGUGGAGCAGGCAAGAUAUAAGAGCUGUCGCCCGCACAUGGCUCUGGGACCUGCCCCGGCACCCGAGGGGACCUCCCCCUGCAGACCAAGCCACCCGGACAACGCCCACGUGGUGACAGUGGGGGAUAAAGAAGGCAGCUCCCGCACCUCCCGUUGCAGAGAGCGGGGCCGGAGCGAGGCCACUCAGCUGCGGAAGCUCCGGCAGAAGCAGCUGCAGCAGCAGUUCCGGGAGCAGAUGGAGAAGCAGCAGCAGGUGCCCACGUCGGCCCCGCCCGCAGACGUGGAGCCCGAGGGGGCGCUCCCUGCUCCCCCCGUGACACACAGCACGCCCAUACCUGCCGUCUCUGAACCUGGCACCGAGAAAGAUUCCCUUGCAGAGAACCUGGACGAAAACCUGGACCUGUGGGAUGAGACGCCGGAUAUCCUGGACGAUGUCAUCAGGCCGUGGCCUGGGGCGCAGCCAGCCCAGGCCUCUGCCACUCCCGCCCCGAAGGUCGAGCUGGAGACCUGGCGCAGGGGCACCCACAGCCUUUGCCAGCAGAAGCAACCCACCAAGUCUGCACCCUGGCACCCUCAGGGGCUUGGCACUGACCAGCACGGAACAGGAAACUACAACUCGGACAGGAAGAGCCAGGACAUGAAGAAAAGGAAGCUGGAGCCAUCCUGAGGCCUGGGCCGCGAUUCUGGGGUUUGUCAGAAGGGACUUGUAGUACUUCGCAGUUCUGAGGAAUGAACUUUUCCCAGGGUUUACCUUGGUUCCUCCCGAACCGAACCGGUGGGCUGGCCGUCGGGGCGCUGCGGGAAAGCCGGGGACCUAGAGGAGUCGUGGCUCAGCGCGGUGGCAAGGCUCCGGGUCGAUGAAGCUCCUGCCUCGGGCCCCAAAGGCUGUCUCAGUGUUUGUUCUAUUCAGCUGUGUUAAUAAAGAGACAUUUUAGGACUCGCCA